AUGCCGCACAAGCAUACCCGCAAGGGCGAGGUAGAUAAGUCUAAACUUGACCUCCCACCCACCGUCGUCGCAAAACCUCUUCCUGUUUCAAAGUCCGCCAAUGAAAAUGGGAUAUUCACCUCUGAUCUUACAGCCACCCGGAGGACGAACAAGAAACGGAAGCGCAAUACGGACGCCGCAGAUGAUACCCCGAAAGCUUUCGCCCGGUUGAUGGCAUUCACACAGGGCAGGAAAUUACCCAAGGGUCUAGACGAUGGUGUAAAAAUCUCUACUAAGAAGGCAAAGAAGGGUGGGGCUGUUACUACUUCCCAAGGAGAAGAGAGCGGGAAUGGCGGCGGCAAUGCGAAAGAAGCGAACCCAGAAGUCCUUGCAAUCAAGCCUGGAGAACGCAUGUCCGAGUUCUCGGCCCGUGUCAAUGCCGCCUUACCUGUCAGCGGCCUAAUCAACAAGACGGGCGGUGCAGGCAAAGAUCCCUUGGGCUUGAAAGUUGGCCGGACAAAGACGGAGAAGAAGAUGCAUAGAAUGUAUGCUGACUGGCGAGAAGAAGAGCGGCGGAUUCAAGAAAAGCGGGAUGAGGCACGGGAGUUGGAAGAAAUGGAGGAAGAGGGGUCAGACGGCCAGGUGGUAUGGAAGGAAGAGGGGUCGGAAGCCACUAAAAAGAAGAAGGGGAAGAAAGGCAAGAAGCGGAAGUUGCUUGUCGGGGAAAUCGGAGAUGCUGAGGAGGAUCCCUGGGCGAAGAUAAAGCGGGACAGAGGAGAGGAGAAGAUUGGCUUAAAUGAUGUUGUGAAAGCUCCGCCAGUUUUUACCAAGCCCCCAAAGGAGAAGUUCAAGGUUAGGGGGGCGAUGGUGGAGGUUGACAAUGUCCCCAAAGCUAGCGGGAGUCUAAGGAGGAGGGAGGAAUUGUGUGCCGUAAGGCAAAGUGUAGUGGAGGGGUAUAGGCAGAUGAUGAGGGACAAUAAGGCGAGGAUGCGAAAUAAAGAGGAUAAGUGA